AUGGAAUCACCGCCAAUGAGCUUAGGGGCAAUUUGGUCAUUUCUCCUUCUCUCUUCCAUUCACGCUCCAUGCCUCUGCGGAUCUGCUGCCGCUCACUUCUCCAACGAAACAGAUCGUCUUGCUCUACACUUCAAACAUCUGAUAACCGAAGAUCCUCUCAAUUCCUUGAGCUCAUGGAAUCAUAGUACUCUCCACUUCUUUCACUGGCAAGGAAUCCCAUGCGGUGGUCGCCGCCAUCUUCAAAGGGUCACCGCCUUAAACCUCACAAACAAGAACUUGGUGGGACCCAUAUCUCCCUUCAUAGGGAACCUCACCUUCCUCAGAAGAAUCGAUCUUGCAAAAAACAGCUUUCACAGGACGAUUUCUGAAGAGAUGGGCCGUUUGUUCUGUAAGAACUGGAGGAUUCCAACUGAGCUUGGCUCUCUCACAAAGCUCACCAGAUUGAUCCUUGGUCUCAACAGUCUUACAGGAAGCAUCCCACCUUCAUUUGGAAACCUUUCGUCUCUCACUUACCUUCAUCUAUCAAGAAACAGUAUAAAGGGCAGGAUCCCAGAUGAACUUGGUCAGUUGGUGAGGUUAAGCAUUCUUGCCCUAAGUCAAAAUGAAGUGUCAGGUACGAUUCCGCCCCAGCUAUACAAUCUCUCCUCUAUUAAUGUUUUGGCAGUGACAUGGAACAGAUUGCAUGGAAAUCUUCCACCUAACAGAGGCCUCACUCUUCCUAAUCUCCAAGGACUCUAUGCUGGAGGAAACCAAUUCACAGGACCCAUACCAUUAACAAGUCUAUUGUUGGCGAGUAAUAGGAUAUUCGGAAGCAUCCCAUCUGAGAUUCAGAAUCUGGUCAGCUUAACAGUGUUGGGUAUGGAUGAUAACUUUUUAACAGGUACUAUUCCCAUUGGUAUUGGGAGGCUUAACAAGCUGGGGAAACUUCACUUGAAUAUAAAUGAAUUAUCAGGGCAAAUUCCAUCUUCCUUGGGCAACAUCACCAGCUUGCUCACACUCAGUUUACGUGAAAACAAUCUAUCGGGGAGCAUUCCUACUAGUCUUGGCGAAAUUCCAAUUUCGUUGGGCAAUUGUCUCAGCCUAGAGUUUCUGUGGUUGGAUGGGAACUUUUUUCAAGGAUCAAUUCCUCCAACAUUUAGUACUCUAAGAGGCCUUCAGAUUCUGGAUCUUUCACGCAACAACUUAUGGCUUCUCUUCUGCCAACUUGGUCGGCACUGGAAGUUUUUUGCCGCUGUAUAUAAAGGGGCUCUAGAUCGUGAUGGAAUUAUGGUUGCAGUAAAAAUCUUUAACCUUCAUCGACAAGGAGCUCUGAGGAGCUUCAUCGCCGAAUGCGAAGCCUUGAGAAACAUUAGGCAUCGAAAUCUUGUUAAGAUCUUAACUUGUUGCUCAAGCAUUGAUUUUAAUGGCAAUGAUUUUAAAGCUCUAGUUUAUGAGUACACGCCCAAUGGAAGUCUAGACAAGUGGUUGCAUGGUGAUGGUUAUGACGAGUUGAUAAGGGACCUGAAGUUUAUUGAAAUGCUAAACAUAGCCAUAGAUGUGGCUUGUGCACUGGAUUAUCUACAUAAUGAUUGCAAAGCGCCAAUCAUUCAUCGAGAUUUAAAGCCAAGCAACAUUCUUCUUGAUGAUGACAUGACUACCCGCAUGGGUGAUUUCGGGCUGGCCAGGUUUUCAUCUGAGGUUGAUCAAACUAGCUCAGUUGGAAUGAAGGGAUCUACUGGGUACAUCGCUCCGGAGUAUGCGAUGGGCAGUAAAGCAUCUACACAAGGAGAUGUUUAUAGCUAUGGAAUCCUUUUAUUGGAGAUGAUCACUGGAAAGGAACCAACUGAUGACAUGUUUAUGGACAAUCUAAGCCUUUAUCAUUUCGCAAAGUUGGCUUUGCCUGAACGAGUAAUGGAGAUUAUUGAUCCACGACUACUUAUAAAAGACGUUGAAGUUACUCAAGGCAAUGAAGAUCAUAUCAAUACAAGAAACAGAAUGCAGGACUGCUUGAUUUCAAUGGCCAAAAUUGGUGUAUUGUGCUCUGCAGAAUCUCCAAGAGAACGAAGGUGCAUGAGAGAUGUGGCUACAGAAAUGCAUGCAAUCAAGGACUUGUAUCUCAAGGUCAGGAUUCACUAAGAGAAACAAUUAGGUCACAUAUAUUGGAUGCAGGUUUGUCUUACAUUAGUCAUUACUAAGUUAUUAUCGAUAGUUAUGUUGAGAAAUAUUUUAAAAUAAAAUUACCUUGUUGAAUACUUUUCUAAACAAGCUUUAGAUAUUUUAGUCUUGGGUUGAGAGUGUGCUUAAAUUGAUACUGAAUAUAUGAGAAGAAGUGUUUCUUUUUCA